AUGUUAAAGUUCCACCUUCCCGGCCUCAUCCUGGCCCUAUUCACCCUACUCGUUCAAGCCGACGUAACCCCAGACCACGACAACCGCCUCAAAACCAGCAUCAUCCUAGACACACCCACAACAGGCGCGAGCACCACUCCAGAAGGCCGCACAUUCCUCAACCUCGUGCACAUCGACGGCACAACAGGCGCAUCAAUCGUUGAAGUCAUCGACAGCAGCCCUAACACCAACUCCACGCUCCGCCCAUAUCCCAACGCCGCCUGGAACUCCUGGAACGCAAGCACCGACAGCGCACACGACUCACAAACGAAAUUCGUCUCCACAAAUGCGCAGCGUAUAGGCCCAGACGGGAAUCUCUGGGUCGUGGACAGCUCCAAACUCGUCUCCAUCAAUCUCACCACGAACGAAGUCCAACGCAUCUACUACCUCGGCGACGCCAUAACCAAGGAAGGCUUGCUGGACGACGUCCGGUUUAAUGGUAGACACGCCUAUAUAACAGAAUUCGGCAUCGGUUCGAUCAUUGUGCUGGAUCUUGAGACGGGCGCUGCGCGCGUGGUGCUCCGCGGACAUAAGUCUGUUGUCGCACUGAUGCCGCUAUCUGCUGAGGGCCAGUUCCUGCGCUCUGCGAGCACGGGCGAGUGGCAGUAUAUCCAUGCCGAUCACCUCGAGGUCUCGCCGGAUGGGAAGUGGUUUUACUACCAACCCGGGAUUGGGUAUAUGUGGCGGAUUGAGACCAAGUAUUUGAACGAGGCGCUGCAUAACGAGACGGCGGCGGCGGCGCUGCCGGGGUAUGUGGAGCCUUUCUCGCUGACGCCUAGCACUGGGGGUACGGCUAUUGAUGCGGAGGGGAAUAUCUAUUAUAGUGAUGGGGACAGGCAGGAGAUUCGGCGGUUGGCGCCGAACGGGACGACGAGCCUGCUGGUGCGUGAUGGGCGGUUGCUGUGGGUUGAUGCGAUGUGGAUUGACACGCAGCAGAGGCUGUGGAUGUGUGCGUCGCAGCUGAACCGAGGAAACCGGUUUGUGCAGCCUGGCGGGCAAAGGACUACUAUCAAGAAGCCGAUCUAUGUCUACACCAUGGACAUUGGUCAUAGUCCGUCUCCUUUAGACCAUGCUUGA